AUGGUCAAGACAUCCGUGCUCAACGACGCUCUUAAGAGCAUCAACAAUGCCGAAAAGGCCGGCAAGCGCCAGGUCAUGAUCCGACCCAGCUCCAAGGUCAUCAUCAAGUUCCUGUCCGUCAUGCAAAAACACGGCUACAUUGGCGAAUUUGAAGAGGUCGACGACCACCGCAGCGGCAAAGUUGUUAUCCAACUCAAUGGCCGUCUCAACAAGACCGGUGUCAUCUCCCCUCGUUACAACGUCCAGCUCCGAGACCUCGAGAAGUGGGUCGUCAAGUUGUUGCCUUCCCGUCAGUUCGGCUACAUCGUUCUGACUACCAGCGCGGGAAUUAUGGAUCACGAGGAGGCCAGAAGGAAGCACGUUUCAGGGAAGAUCAUUGGCUUCUUUUACUAG